UUUACGCGGUCCAGGCUCCUAACGACACAAGACUUUUCUGCAAUAUGUCAUCUGACGAUGAUGAAAGGAAUACGAUGAUAAUAACAUUGUUCAACAAAGGCUUAAAACAAAAGGAAAUCAGCUGUGUACUCAAUUCAUAUGGGCAUAAAAUAAGUGAGAGGCAUCUGAGACGAGUUUUAAAACUUCUAGGGUUGAAGCGAAGAUGCCCCCAACGACCUUUUACUGAAAUCCACAAAGCAGUGGAGAGUGAGAUGAAACAGUGGUCUCCUGAACAAGGAAUCAGGGCAAUGGUAAAGCGGGUAAGGGAUGUCAGAGGAGUGCGGCCUUGUUACAGAGACGAUGUUGCUAAUAUAAUGAGGGAUAUGGAUGCAAGUGGUCUUCAGAGGAGAUCUCCUGGAAAGAAGAAAAUUCCCCGUCGGAAUUACAUCAGCCGUGGUCCAAAUGACACCUGGCACAUUGAUGGCAAUGAUAAACUGAAGUUCUUUGGAAUGUGGAUACAUUUGGGGAUUGAUGGAUUUUCCAGGAAGGUUCUAUGGCUAAAGGUGGGCACAUCCAACCGCAAACAAAACUUUGUGGCCAGAUACUUCUUUGAGGCUGUUCAAGAACAGGGUGGCUGUCCUCAAAUGAUUCGGGGGGACAGAGGAAAGGAGAACCUUGUUGUGGGUCAAAUGCAGAUGGCAUUUCACAUGCGAGAUCUUGGGAAUCAGGCAUGGAGGUGCUUCAGAAUGGGGACAUCAGUGCACAACCAGAGAGCUGAAUGUUUUAACAGUAUUUUAAAGCGGACAUGGACUAAGAAAUGGCUGACAACAUUUGAGGCCAUGAUGGAGUCUGGGAUCCUUGAACUGGACAAUCCUGUGCACAUCAACUGCUUGCAGUACGCACACUUGCCACUGCUUCAAAGAGACUUAAAAACGGAGCAAACAGUUUGGAACACCCAUGACAUCCGCAAGCAACGCAAUGCACCAGGUCCAUUUGGGAAACCCGACCUUCUGUUUACCUCACCACCUCCUGGAUAUGGCAAUGUGCUGCACAUAGUUGACCCAGACCUUUUAGACUACGCCAAGCAAUUAAUCUGUGAGGUGGAAGAGCCUUCACUGGUAGCAAACCAGGAAUUCAGAGACAUGUGCCAGAACAUUUUAGAAAACAGCCAAUUUCCCUGCACACCUGAUGGUUGCCUUGCUGCAUACCUCAUGCUAGUCCAAGAGCUCACAACUGCCAUGAACAGAAAUGCAGUUCCUACACCUUCUACGUUUGCAGAGGCAAAUGACAUAUACAUCUUUCUGAAGAGACAGAGGAUGGAAGGUGCACCAGUAAACAUUUCCAAUGACCAAUAAAAUCAUACAACAUUGUUUGUUAACAUUUAUUUAUCCUUGUUUACAAUCAACAGGUAAUUUGAAAACUGUCUGACCAACAAAAUGUACAAUAAAAUGUUGAAAAACAAUUGACAAGGUGCCAUCUUUCAUAAUGAUUCAGUGUUUCAUUUACCACAACUUUUGUUAACCCUAAUGUAUAACAUAAUUAACAUUGAAAGACUUUUGAACUGCAGACUGUAGCAACAUU